AAUUUCAGAACGCACUCACAAGAGUUUACUCUUUCUUUACUUUUGUCCAGUUAAUUUCCAGUCGGUAACAUGUGAAUAAUACAACAGAAAGAUGCGAAUUGUAAAAUUAGGUAUCUCAUUCGUCACGUUUCAUAGAUAUAAAGGAAUUGGCAAAUCAACGGUCUUAUAUUCAAUAUUGCUCGAUUUCGACGACUACGAAACUGUUUUCGAACGUCAACCUAAUAUCUAUGACAUUCUUUAUACAUCCCAAUGGUAUUCUAUGCUAAACUAGUUGAGAGUUGAUUUUGAGAGAAUAUUUGCUGAUUUUAGUUCUUGCAAUAAAGGAAGUAACGUGCGUAUCAAACAUAGAAGAUAUAAUAAUACUGGACUUCUCAGGUCCACAAGGGCUGCCUUUGUUCUAUGUAUUUGGCAGCAUCAUAAAUAUGGCCUCCAAUCUAGAAAGUAUAUCUACCAUGGAUAUAAAUCUGAGAGAUGUGAGACAGUAUGUUCUGAUCUGAAUCAAUAAAAGUGAUCUUCUACAAUAUUAAUAUUUUAUUCAGCGACAUGGAGGAGUUAGACAUCCAAAGCAAGCCAUCUGAAGAAAUCACUAAUAUGUCAGAUAUACUUGACGAUUUAAGUCAUAAAUCAAUGGCAGUGAUGGAGAACAAAAGCAUUAGAGCUACCACAGACACCGAAACAGAGGCAAAUAAUUUAAAAUCAGACACAUGCCAUUGGAGAGAUAUGUUGAAAUUAUGUACACCACUAUCAAUACGACUUACACAUUUGUCAAAUGACAUUUUGAAGAAAUUUAUAGUGCCUAAGAAGAAUGUUACACAGAAGCUAUCAGGUAGCAUAAAAAAUUUGGUAAUGGAUUCUAGGGAUUACCGUUCUAGAAAACGAAAAAAAAGGAAUGCCAGUGCAAAAUUUAAAUAUGCAAGGAAAAAGAAAAAGACAGUACUUGAUAAAACCUCACAUCUCAGUGAAAGUGAUGAAAGUUGCAUACUGAAAUCUUGUACUCUUACUUCACCAAAUGAUAAUGCAUCUGCCGCUCCAGCUUGUGCAUCUGAGGAAUAUAUAAGAUCUGAGAAAAUUAUUAAUAAAUCUGCAAUGGACAAAGUAUUAGAUGGGCCUAUCUCUAUGGAACACACAGGUAAAGUUGAUACAACCUCGGUCCAAUGUCUAAAUGAGAACACACAAGAGCGUACCCAAGCUGAAAAAAAUAAUACGGAAACAGAAGAAUCGCGAUACCAGGAUUAUGUGCGUAACAUAUUAAUGGAAUAUUGCUAUUCUUAUGGGAACUUGUCUCAUAUGUCAAAAGAAAUGAAUGAUAAUGAAAAUAGUAGUGAUACGAAGAGUACUACUGGAGAUAGACGACGUAGUAACGAGGAUUGUUGUGAUGACCAGAUUCCCUCAUGGAAUUCAAGAAAAAGAAGAAAAAACGUACAAUUAAAUUCAAAGGAUGAAACGAUUGUUAACAGAAAAUCGCCAAAGAAGAAACGACAGCAAAGAAGUCAGAAAAAUCUCACAUUGACACCAACAAAAGAUGAUAGUAGACGGCCAGUUUUUAUCCAACGAACUAAGUCCCCGAGUUGUACUUCGCCAGCAGCUGAUCAAGAGGUAGUGAAAACUGGCACAGACUCCCCAAAAAAAUUAAAAAUUCAAUUAAUGAAGCUAGAAAACGUGUCUGGCGUGUAUACUCCAAUAGAAUCUACGGAUAUGAUUCUAGAAAAUGAAAGGGAUGUCUUCUCAUCAAUGAAUAAUGACAAUGACUCUGUAGUUGGUUCAGAAGGAAUCAGCGAUGCAGAGACAGUAGUGGAUUCAGUGUUCACAGAGGAAAGCAGAAAUGGCAUUGAGACUCAAGAAUCUGAUCACGCCUUGGAUUCAAUUCCAAUAAUAGCACUAGAAAAGAAAUCAGGUUCUGGUUCUGAAAUUUCGGAAGUUUCUACCGAAAGAGAUUUAGAAAUUGUUGAAAAGCAGCGAAAAACAUCUGUGUCCUCAGGUGAAAUAGUUUGCCUGGAUAGUGAAUCGGAUGUUUAUAUCAAUGAAGUAGACGAAGCAAUUGAUAUAGACGGUAUUUUAAGACUGAGGUAUGGCAUUAGGAAGAACCCAGUUGUACUUUUAGAAAAAUUGAAUCCUAUACAUAAUUAUGUGUCAACGAAUGUUUAUCAAGACGAUCAUGAUGUCAGCGACGUUUUUGAAGGAUCCGACUCCACCAGCAGUGAUUCGGAGAUCGUUAUGUUUGUGAGAAAACGUAAAUCGUCAUCUGUGUGGAGUCGUCGGAUAUCCUCUUCAAGUGAAGAAGAACACGGAUCCUCGAUCAAAUCUGUGUCUAUGUCAGGUUCAAGUAAAGAUAAGGAUGAUAAGAAUAGAAGUCCUAUUUCCAGAACUACAAACACCAGGGAAGAGACUCCGGAAGUGUUUGUUAUUAAUCAAACUUCAGGUAUUUCUAAAGACACGUCCUUGGAGGGAAGCGAACAUGUUGCGACUAUUGCGACACAAGCAAAGAAAAAAGUUUCCCAACCGGAAAACACGAACAAUUUAUCUCCUAAAAAUAUUGUGGAAAAUCCUGACAUUAUAGAAUGCCAUUCAGAUUCUUCGGAUUCGGAUAUCCAGGUAUUGUCAGUGAUAAUGAAUUUCAAUAUUCCAUCAGAAACCUGUGAAAAUAUCGGAACGAAUUCCCCCAGCACUGCAUUGAGCCCUAAAAAAUCACCUUCUAAGUUAUGUACCGAUAAUACUGAUAGUGUAGUUAUGUCGGAUACAAAUGAAACACCAAUAGCAGAUACACAAUCACCAAUGGAAAACACACAAACGCCAUCGGGCUCGAAAAUCACACCUGUUAGUACAACACCAAGGCUCAGCUGUCAUAUAUGCAACCGGAAGUACGUGAGGAAGAGAUCACUCAAGAUUCACAUGGAGUUGCAACAUAACAACGAUUCCACUAAGAAGUUCUCAAACCCAGACACAACGUCGUCCACGACACAAGAAUGCAGUAAUACGAAAGAGUGCUUGGACUGCGGUAUAUGUUCAAAAAAAUUUGUCUCGAAGAAAGCAUUCGUCGACCACGUAUUUACCCAUCAGUCAGAGGCACAGCAGGAUUACAGAUCAGCACCUGAUAAACGUUCACGAUCGGUAUGGUUGGACCUCUACGGUCUGAAAGAUAAGAAUGCUGAAGAUCAACAUGUGGAAAAGUCCAAAAAGGACAAAAAGGAUCCAUCCAGUGACAAACGGCUUAGAAAGGAAGAUCAGAUUAUAUCUAGCUUGACAACUUCUCCGAAAGAAGUUGUUGUAUGCCCAUGUCAUCCUAAUAAUGGAUUGUUAAAUGACCAAGAUUCUAGUGUUUAUAUAGAAAUGGUGUUACUGUGCGAACAUUGUAACGUUGUCUUCCGGAGGAAAGAGUGCCUGGAGACACAUUAUCGUAUUAGUGCGCAGUGUUCCGUAAACAGGACAAGUGGCAGGGUACCAAAACUGUACUGCACUGCGUGCCAUGUUACUGUGGAGUCCUUAUCUGUUUUGCGUCAUCAUCUCGAGAUGCAUCCACGUCUUCAGAUCCGUGGCAUAGUAACCUUCCUAUGUAACAUAUGCAAAGUGAUCUUCUUCGGCAUUGGAAGUAUAUUUCGCAGACACUGGUUCAGUCAUAUAAAGAAUCCUCUCUUCGUGGCUAGUCGUUAUUCGUUCCCUAAGAUAUCUGUUAUGAAAGCACUUGAAAAUUACAACGUAUCUGCAGAGGAAAGAAUGCAGGUGGCUCAGGCUGCUAAACUGGCUGAAAACAUUAAAUACGUUCUCAUCGCUGAGCACGUCUGUCGUCAUUGUAAAUUACCCUUUGGCUCUGAGGCUGAUCUUACAAAUCAUUCAACAUCCUGCUCUAGCAUUAAUAAUAUAUCUAAUGUCACUAAUGCAUUAAAUGAUGGCACGACAUGUUCAACUUGUCAGAAAACUUUUACUGAUAAGAGCAAUUAUGACAUUCAUGUUGGCAAGUGCCAUGCGAUGGCCGAUGGCUCCUCUUCUGCAAAAUCAAACGAUUCGACUUCAGAUUGUAAGAUUUGCCAUAUGAUCUGUGAAACGGAAGAUCAAUUGACGCUCCAUCAGAAUAUUCACAGCAGUGCUAAUCUGUUAUUGUGCUGUCGAUGUGGCGUCUCUUUCAGUGCAGUGGAGCACUUUAAUACCCAUAUAAAAGCCACAUGCACAAUAUGUGACAAGCAAUUCGACUGCCAAAAACGGUGUCAGGAUCAUCUGUCAAGUCAUUUCACGAAUCUUGCAAUUAGUGAAAGGCCUCAAGAAUCUUCAACAAAAACACGGACCUCAUGUGAUACAAACUUGGAAGUAGAUAAAAGCACCGCGAGAAGGAAUCAUGUAGAAAAUACGGAGGUGACUCUGAGUUUAGGCAGUUCGUCUCUUCAAGCAAGACGAUCUGACGCACCGCAUCAAUCAAAAUCGCAAAGCGAAGUUAGAUAUCUGAUAAUCAGAGACGAAGUCACAAAGUUACCCAAACAAGUAGUAACUAUCACUCCCGCAGGCAACACUUCGAAUACGUCAUGUAUAUCUGAAGAAGCUGAGCAGCAAACACGUAUUCUCAAAGAAAUUCUAUCUAUUACUAACGCCCCGAAGAAAGUCGCGAAUAUCGUCGAAGCUCAACCAGCUAAUAUAGAAAAGAAUCCCUUGGCUUCAGGUGAAGAAAAAGACACAGCUACAAGUACGGAUACGGAAGUACUAACGGAUAGUUCAGAAACAAGUUCUACUGGUGGGAUGCCAUGUAGCUCAAAGAAUGAAAAGACACCUAAACCAGGAUUUUUACGCGUGAAAAGUAUGUCAGAACUUUUGGAGAAGCGUGAUAAGAAAGCUUACAUAUGUGAAACGUGUGGAUUACCAUGUACGUCUGCUGCGAAUUUGGCAGAACAUUCAAACACGCAUGUCAUUCACCAAGUGGCUAACAAGAAGACACUACCGUUGGUCAAUAUAGUCCAGCGUAUCGUUGACCAGGAUACUUUAACAUUACUCAAUCAAUAUAUAGCUUCAAACAAAUUAACUUUACAGCCAAUAAGAAGCAAUAUUACUGACGCCACUCCUAACAACUUUAAUACCGAAAUUACCACUAACGUCAAUAAUACACGAGCUAAUAACGAAGGUAAUUGUGGCAAUGCCGCUGCUUUUACUCCCUGUGUGAUAUGCGGUACAAUGUUCAAUGCCACAGAGAAUCCUAUUCAUUGUCAACCGACAACAACAAGUACAGGACAAGCUAAUAUGCAUACCAACGCCGAAGUUUAUCAGCCCGUUGCAAAUAAUAAAACACAAAGUAUUGAAAAUGCAUCUACAUUCAAUACAGCCGUACAUCGUUCUCCAUUCGUAACGUAUACUUCAAAUGCAAUUGGAAGAGAACCACCUGUCAGUGCUGUUAACAGUGUCAACGUAAAUUUGAAUAUGAAUCAACAAGUGGCGCCCUCUUCAAAUUCUCAAUGUACUAACUUAACUUACAAUACUACAAAUCUUCCUAGUGUGCAAAGUCAAAUCCCAUCACGUCUUCCUCCCCCUUACUCAGCUCCGACUAAUAUUCAUUCCAAUACACUUCCAAAGAAUAUGAACGGCACCACUACUUCUAGCAUCAACUCUCACUGCAUUGUUCCGCGUCCUCCAAUGCGUCCUCAGUAUCCUUACAGAGCAAUCAGUCAAUCAGGCAACAAAUCUGUUGCUGCGAAACCCUCCAAUUCCUCCAUUUCGUCUUCAACUUCGUCCACUAAUAACGAUAUGCAGCCUAUCACUACUGAUGCGCCAAUUGGGAGUACAAGACCUUCAGGAUAUUCAAUGAACUACGACAUUCUGAACGUCCCAUUACAACAGUCACAAUCAGAUAUAAUUUUACGAACAGAAUCUCAUGUGACACGAAAACCUGCUCAUCAAUCGAUAUCUCAUACCAUACAUCACCUGCCUGAGCAGCCAAGUCAGAUAGGGUCACAACGACCAGCGCAGUUAUCUAAUUUCAUUAAUCAACCAAAAACGACGCAAACAUACCAACAGACUUCGCAGCAAACAACCAGAGAACAACCAUGCAAGGAUUUAUCCAGCGGACUAAUCUUUACUUGUCCCUGCUGUAAAGAUUUCACAUGCACUACUGCUGAGGAAUUCAAAUUGCACCGAACACGACAUACAAAGUCACAACCGAUACAGCCAAGCAAAUCAUACUGUGCCUCAACGUCUGAUGUUGAACUUGGCGCACGUAGCAGUUCUUAUUCUCCUGUAACGAAUCAACAAGUUCGACCAAGUUCCAACGAACCAUUAUAUGUGUGUAACAAAUGUCAUACCUUCCGUACCACCAACCACGUGGAACUUCAAGAGCAUAUGAAACAGCAUCACAAAUCCUAUAUAUGCCAGUUGUGCCAUGUCUACAAGUGUAAAUCCACGACCCUCAUGCAAGAGCAUAUUAAUCUACACUUAGAUGGAAAAAUUGCCCCACAUGCGGUACGACACACCCUUCAAGUCGAUGGUAAAAUCGUAUCAAAAAUUAUUGCACCACAACUUCCAAGUUCAUCCUUUAGUGAAACCUCGCACCGUGCCGAUGUUCGAUCUUCACCAGUACAUCAGAUGCAACCGACUCAGGUCACGAACAAACAAUAUUCACCGUGUGAAUUUCGCAGUAACGGAGAUUCCCAAGUGCUGGAUCAUGAGAGAUCAGAUACUUUAAAUUCAUGUUCCAAAAAUCAGGCAAGGGAACGGUCGGAAAUUAAAAAAACGGUAUAUUAUUUUUGUAAAGUAUGUAAACCAGUUCCUGUAUUUCAGACUGUAGCUGAGCUGCAACAGCAUCAAGCUAGCCUGCAUCCUUAAAGUCAUUUACAUCACAUUGUUCCAUAGAAUGCUCAUCCUGCAUACGAAUGUCAAAUGCACCAAAGGAUAUUCAUAUACACAGUUUUUUAAUUUAUCAGAGAAAUUCCUCGAAAACGUCUACUUUGUAACCUUAUAAUGAAAUUUAUCACUGUAGUGUUUUUCGUGACGGAAUUUAUUGUUAAGCUUAUAAUAUUUACUACUAGUAUUUUUAGUACUAAUGGUAAUAAGAUAAUCGUCGGUAGCUUAAUAAUAAAUAAUAUCUUUUUAAUAUUAAUUUCAAGUUUCUUACUAUACCGGAACAGCAUCCCUGAGAACUUUCCUUUAAGCUUUACAAAUCAAAAGGUGCUGUUAAUUGUUAAAUAAAUAUUAUUCUCAUGUGA